UUUGACGUAUCUCUAUGCCGCCAUCUUGUAUUGCCUGUCACUUUUGCCGUCGGUAUCAUCUGCUUUUUUUGUGUUUAUUUCACAAAUUUAUAAUUUCGAAUACAAUUAUUAAAGUUGGACAUCUGAAAUAUAUAUAAAAUUCAAAUACUAGUUGUGUACUAUGCAUAGUGUUAUUAAAUUAAGUGAAAUUGUGAAAGACUGAGGCGAAAUCUUAUAACAUCAAGAUGACCGCAACUUCUGCAUCAAGCCAAACGAAAACUGCCACUGUGACUACAACAAAACCACAAAAGAACUAUGGAAAAAUUAUUCUUACACUGUACAACUGUUUAUUGCCCGAAAAUGUGUUUAAAGAAACCCCUUCACAAUCGGAUGGCUUGGACCUUGAAACAGAGACUGACCUUCGUAUUUUGGGUUGCGAGCUGAUCCAGACUGCUGGUAUUUUGCUGAAACUACCUCAAGUAGCAAUGGCAACUGGGCAGAUAUACCUCCAAAGAUUCUAUUACUCUAAAUCCUUUGUCAGGUAUCCAAUGGAAACUAUGGCAAUGGGAAGUAUCUAUUUAGCUUCCAAAGUUGAAGAAAAACCUUGUAGAAUAAGAGAUGUGAUAAAUGUAUUUCAUCAUAUCAAGCAAGUGAGGUCACAGAAGACAAUAGCUCCACUAAUAGUUGAUCAAAACUAUAUUGAGAUGAAGAAUCAGGUUAUAAAGGCUGAACGAAGAAUACUCAAAGAAUUAGGCUUCUGUGUACAUGUUAAACAUCCACACAAGCUUAUAGUUGUGUAUCUGCAAGUCCUACAGUACGAGAAGCAUAGACAAUUAAUGCAAAUGGCAUGGAACUAUAUGAAUGAUGCAUUACGGACUGAUGUAUUCAUGCGAUUCCCUCCGGAGACAAUUGCAUGUGCUUGCAUUUACUUGACGGCACGGAAAAUUGGGUUGCCAUUGCCUAAUAACCCGCACUGGUUCCUAUUAUUCAAAGUGCCCGAGGAAGAUAUAAGGGAAGCAUGUUUUAGGAUUCUACAGUUGUACAAGAGGCCAAAAGUUAAUCCGGAGGAGUUGGAAGCUAGAGUGGAUAUGUUAAAGAAAAUUUAUCAAGCUAAUAAGCAUAUGCAAGCACAAAAGGAUCGUGAAAAUGCUAAAGCAGAAGAGAAAAAGUUGGAGUCACCGACAGCAUCAACUUCUAAGGAUGUUAGGAGGGAUUCUAAGAAAGAGAAAUCUCCGAAAACACCUCCAUUAUCCUCUAAGUAUCAUAGUAGUCACAAAUCUAAGAAGGAGAGAAGAUCUCGCUCGCCAUAUGACCGUAAACGUGAAUAUUCAAGUAAAAGGCACAAGUCUCGUUCUAGAGAUAGGGAGAUGGAUCGCUCUAGAGAGCGUAGAAUGGAUGACAAACGUAACAGAGGUUCGUCAAGGAAGUAUGAUGAUUAUGAACGCUCAAAAUCUAGUCGUGACAGCAGAGAUGAUAAAAGAAAGCAUUAGUUUGUGAAUACUUUGUGUUUAAAUAUACAUAUUGUAAUUAAAAAGAAUGUUUUUACUAUUC